CGAUUCUUUCAGUAGUGGCGCCAUGGUGCGCGUCCACGACUCGGCCGAGGAAGAUGCUCCCGAAGAAGAACUCACCAAGGAGUUUGCUCCCAAGGAUAUGCCAAUGCAAACCGAACCACCUUCGACUACUUCGACUACUCCCGCAGCUCCGACGACAACCAAAGAAUCGCUAAAGGAUGUAGUGGUGAAUAAAGUGGUGAACAAAGUGAUCGACGUUAAAGACGUCGUCAAAGCCAAAGUGAUGAAAGAGACAGGAAUGCCGGAAUGGGCGUUCGUCUUCCUUGGAAUUAUCGCCAUCAUUGUCGUCUUACUGAUCGCAUAUUUAAUUAUCCGGAAAUUGUUCGGCAAGAAACGGCAUGGAGAAAAGAAAGGCAAAGGCUUCAAGGGACUGUUCAGUAAGGGAGGAGACCUCGUCGCUGGAAAGGAUGUGAUGGGUGACAUGCAGCAAGACAUGGAAGAGCUCGAGAAAAACAUGGAAGAAAAUGAAAAAGCACAGGCAGAGGAAAAAGAAGAGAUAAAAUUGGGCAGGAUACAGUACAAACUUGACUAUGAUUUCCAACAAGGACAACUCACGGUUACCGUAAUCCAAGCAGAAGACUUGCCUGGAAUGGACAUGAGCGGAACGUCUGACCCAUACGUCAAGUUGUACCUAUUGCCUGAAAAGAAGAAAAAGGUGGAGACGAAAGUUCACAGAAAAACUCUGAACCCUGUGUUUAACGAGACGUUUAUAUUCAAAGUCGCCUUCAAUGAAAUCACGUCCAAGACACUGGUAUUCGCAAUUUUUGACUUUGAUCGCUUCAGCAAGCACGACCAGAUUGGCCAGGUCCUCAUUCCACUUGGAAAAAUCGACCUUGGGCAAGUUAUCGAGAAAUGGGAGGACAUCGCCCCGCCACCAGAUGACAAGGAAGCUGAGAAAGCCCUCGGGGAUAUCUGCUUUUCGCUGCGAUACGUGCCCACUGCCGGAAAAUUGACGGUGGUGAUUCUCGAGGCCAAAAAUCUCAAGAAAAUGGAUGUUGGUGGUCUGUCAGACCCUUAUGUGAAGAUUGUACUCAUGCAAGGAGGGAAACGGCUGAAGAAGAAGAAAACUUCCAUCAAAAAAUGCACACUCAAUCCCUACUAUAACGAGUCGUUCUCAUUUGAAGUUCCAUUCGAACAAAUUCAGAAAGUUUCACUGAUGAUUACCGUAAUGGAUUACGAUAAGCUUGGCUCGAACGACGCUAUUGGACGAUGCCUCCUUGGAUGCAAUGCCAGUGGAGCAGAAUUGAGGCACUGGAUGGAUAUGUUAGCUUCACCACGACGGCCUAUCGCACAAUGGCACACGCUAGGUCCAGUUGAGGAAGAGGGAGGUGACAAGGACAAGAAGUAGCCUUGCUCUGGCCCUCCUUCAGCCUCUAACACUUCCCAAACCUCCUUCGCCUUCUAAAAGAUGGAUGUCCCCGAGUGAUUUCUUGCGUUGUAAAUCGGGUUUCCACCAAUCAUUCCGAUUUUUGCUUUCGCAAGCGACAGUGUUCUCUUUUCAUUGUUCACAGAGAUCUGGCAGAUUAUAUUGACAAUUGUACUCAACAUUCCGCGCUUCGUACACCCGUGUAUGUCAUGUUUUCUUCUCAUUGUUAAUCUAUUGUAUUUAUUAUAUUUCGUGAGCGUUGUGCCAACAAAUGCAGCGUCCGAUACAAGCGGUGAAAAUACUUAAACGUUUGUCAUCUUCUGUUGGACGUCAGUAUUGUAUAGCUUGAACGCAUAAUUAUAGAUUCGGUCUAGUUCACUCCUACCAAGUGUGUUCCGUCGUGAGUAGCUGUGAAAAGUCGAGCUUCUCUAUAAAUAAUUCGAUCAUGUGUACCAUGGAAAGUUUCUCUGAUUACCGAGAAACCUUUCAAACAGAGAGACAAACUCAGAUGUCUCUCAUAACGAAUGUUUAAGCGAAUAAAUUCAACAUUGAAAGAACGAAGUUCAAUUCAAUUUUCUACUCAGUCCAAUAUCGGAGCACCAAAGACAGUUUGAGGUUCUAUAUUAUCACAUUAGUUGUCAUUACUUUGCUAUGUUUUGUAAUUGUCAUUUUUUGUCUUUUUCCUUUGUCAGUACUAAAUUUUACUAAAAUCAUGUCAUGUACUACGCAAGAUCAGUGUACC